AUGAGAUCAAGGCAAGUUGAUACCGUUCUCAUACUCUCAGCGAACGAGAUAAAGAAAGCCACAGACAACUUCAGUGAAGAUAAUGUUCUUGGAUGUGGUGGUCAUGGAAUGGUCUACAGAGGAACUUUAGAUAGAGAAGAAUUUGUGAAUGAGAUAAUAAUCUUAUCACAAAUUAACCAUAGGAACAUUGUAAGGCUACUAGGAUGCUGCUUGGAGGUAGAUGCGCCGAUGUUGGUGUACGAUUACAUUUCCAAUGGUACCCUCUUUGAGUUCCUUUAUGUUAAUGAAUCCAGAUCACCAAUUCCCUUGGAUCUUAGAUUGAAGAUUGCUACACAAUCAGCCGAAGCUCUUGCCUACAUUCAUUCAGCAACUUCUCGCACAAUUCUGCAUGGAGAUGUCAAAUCCCUCAAUAUACUCUUGGAUGAAGAAAACAAUGCAAAAGUGUCAGAUUUUGGAGCAUGA